AUGUCUGACCAGCCACGCGCCUUGGUGUCCCCUGUGGAGGAACGCCUUGGCACUCCAUCUGAGCCAGGCUCGUCUCAGGCUGAUCCAGAGGAGAAGCUUGAGCUUGGAAGGGAGACAGCAGAUACACCCGAAGAAACACAGCUAGAGGAUCCGCACGAAGGAAAAGAAGCACAGCUGGAGAGCCAGGAAACCGACGACAAACCCGAUGACACAAACUCCGCGCCACCAUUACCCGACGAGGUCCCUCCGCCACUUCCCGACGAGGCACCGCCUGGCCCAGCAGAGGAUGAUGGAUGGGAGCCCGUAUGGGAUGCCAACGCCCAGGCAUUCUACUUCUACAACCGGUUCACCGGAGCCUCCCAGUGGGAGAACCCCCGCCCCCAGGCACGGAAAGUGCCAACGCACCCGCUAUCCCAGAACCCCCGGAGAGAAAAAGAACCUGUACUAGGAGGGUACAAUCCUGCAAUCCAUGGCGACUACGACCCGACCGCUCCCUAUGCGCAACAGUAUGAGGAACAACCGCAAAAGACUGGACCCGGAGUCGAUCCAUCAGCCGCAUAUACCGCCGCAGGUACAUUCAACCGGUUUACUGGCCGUUGGCAGGCGGCUUCUAUCAACCCAGAGAAUCACAAUGACGAGAACAAGUCUCGGCGGCAGAUGAAUGCUUUCUUUGGCGUUGAUGCUGCCGCCAACAGCCACGAUGGCCGGAGUCUCAAGGCCGAGCGGAGCGCAAAGAAGCUCAGCAAGCAGGAGCUGAAGAUGUUCAAGGAGAAGCGCCGGGAAAAGAAAGAGGAGAAGCGAAGGGCGUGGUUGCGGGAUUAA